UCAGAGGGAGAGAGAAGACAAUAAUAAAGAAAGAAAGAAAGCUGAGCGGAGAAGAGGUGAAGGAGAGAGAGAGAGAGAGAGAGUCUCGUGAAGCAGGCAUGUGAAAACAGGAAAGAAGGAAAGAAGGAAAAAUCCCAUCUCUUUCUUUCGUUCGCUCUCUUCUCCUUUCUUCCCUUUUCCCUUCUCUCCAGUCUUUCUCAUUCCUUGCUUCCUUCUUUCCAUCGACGAGAUCCCAACUCUCUCUCUCUCUCUCUCUCUUUCUCUUCAUGAAUUCUUCCACUGCAAUAUCUUUUUCAUUAUCUCCUUUUCUGUUAUUCUCAUUGUAGUAGUUACGGGCAUUGAUACAUAUAGAAGUAGGAAAACGCACUUUGAUUAUUCGAAGAAAUGUCGCAUUCUGACGCCGGCAUUCGAAAACCUAUCUCUGAGAUAUUCUUAGACUCUCUUCCCGAUCGCUUCCAAGAUGCAUUGAGCUGCGAAAACAAGCCCGAUUUCAAAGAGCUCGAUCUUGGUUCCCCUGUCUCGCCUCUGAGAACCCAAAGAGCACCUGGGUCUUCUGCACCGGCAAGCAGCAGUUCCAGCUCUUCCAGCUCCAUCUCCGGAAAGACCAGCAACAAUGCUACUCCUGUCGCCAAGCGAUCCGACGGUGGAAACCAUUCGGGCGAGCUCUCGGGCUCCAGCGAAGGCAGCCCGACUGCCGCCGAGUGCGCCCGGUCUGCUCGUAAUUCCAAGCCCGGGCACAGGCGGUCGAGUUCCGCCGGCGUCCCGUUGAUAUAUUCCCGUGGCGGUUCUGCGAGUUCUUCAAAUGGGAGUUUCCUUCCCAGCGGGAACAUCUGCCCGUCGGGGAAGAUCGGGAAGAUGGGUGUUGCGUGCAAGAGCUCGGCGAGGAGUGAUGUGCUUCGGUCCGGGAUGGGGAAUUACGGGCAUGGGAGUGUAAUGCGUGGGUUUGGCGGUGGGAAAUCUGGAGGAGAGACAGUAUCAGUGGCGAAUGCGACGGGGAAUAUACAUUCUGCAGGGGAGUCGAUAAUGGUAAAGCGAGCAAUGGCAAGCUCGGAUUUUGAAGAGGUGAAGAAGGUGGGGAAUGAGCAGUACAAACGGGGGCAUUUUGCAGAGGCGCUCUGUUUGUAUGACCGGGCAAUCGCGAUUUCGCCGGAUAAUGCGGCUUGUAGGAGCAACAGGGCGGCGGCUUUGAUAGGUCUUGGGCGACUGGUAGAAGCAGUGAGGGAAUGUGAAGAGGCGGUGAGAUUGGAUCGUGGGUAUGGGAGGGCGCAUCAACGGCUUGUAUCCCUGCAUUUACGGUUAGGGCAGGUUGAGAAUGCCCGAAAACACUUGUAUUCCGGGCAGAUGCCAGAUGCUGCCGAGUUGCAAAAAUUGCAGGCAGUGGAGAGGCAUCUGAGCAGAUGCAUGGAUGCUCGUAAGAUAGGAGAUUGGAAGAGUGCAUUGAGGGAAGGUGAUGCUGCCAUCGCGGCUGGAGCUGAGUCUGCUCUGCAGCUCUUUGCAUUGAGAGCAGAAGCCCUUCUCAAGCUCCAUCAACUUGAAGAUGCUGAUUCCGCCCUAUCAAGCGUGCCUAAGUUUGAACCAUCUCCCCAGUCCUGCUCCCAGAUCAGGUUCUUUGGAAUGAUCUGUGAUUCUUAUCCGUUCUUUGUCCGCGCCCAGGUCGAAAUGGCUAUGGGAAGGUUUGAGAGUGCAGUUGUGGCUGCUGAGAAAGCUGGGCAUAUUGAUCCUCGAAACAUUGAAGUUGCGGUAUUACUGAACAAUGUGAGAUCCGUAGCGAAAGCCCGGGUCCAUGGGAAUGAUCUCUUUAAUGCAGGUAAGUUUGCCGAAGCUUGUGCAGCCUAUGGAGAAGGCCUCAAGUUCCAUCCCUCCAACCCUGUUCUCUAUUGCAAUAGAGCGGCUUGCAGAUCCAAGCUCGGGCAAUGGGAGCUGUCUGUCGAAGACUGUAACGAAGCUCUGAGAAUCCAUCCCAGGUACACCAAAGCUCUCCUUCGACGUGCUGCCUCCAACGACAAGCUUGGACGGUGGGCUGAAUCUGUUCGAGAUUAUGAGGUACUGAUAAAUGAACUUCCGGGUGACAAAGAAGUAGCUGAAGCUCUGUUCCAUGCACAAGCUGCAUUGAAAAAAUCCCGCGGUGAGGAAGUUUAUGACAUGAAGUUUGGUGGUGAAGUCGAGGAAAUUUCGUGCAUUGAGCAGUUUAGGGCGAUAAUAUCUUCACCUGGAAUUUCAGUAGUCCAUUUCAAGAUGGCAUCAAACCAGCAAUGUGAGCAGAUAUCUCCCUUCGUUGACAUGCUCUGUGUCAGAUACCCAUCUGUGAGUUUUUACAAGGUGGACAUCAAGGAGAACACUGCAGUGGCCAAUGCCGAGAAUGUGAGGAUCGCUCCGACAUUCAAGAUCUACAAAAACGGGGCCCGGGUGAAAGAGAUGAUUUGUCCGAGCCAGCAGGUAUUGGAAUUCUCGGUGAGGCAUUACAGCUUUUAGAAUAAUCCAUUCUUUCUUUGGUGAGACGACGAACUCCACCUUUCCAAUUCAUACAAACUACAUUCCUAUUACAAGCGAGCUACAUAAUAAUUUCAUAGAGCCGAGGCCAAACCAGAGAGGCAGCUUUAAGUUUUUCUUUUUCAUUUUUUCUGUGUUAUAUAUUCUUUCCAUUUUUGUCACUCUGGUUUUAUAUUUCCUGUCCCCCACUUUUUGCUUAAGCCAGCCUUAUUCUUAUACAUCCUCCCCCUCGUACCUUCCUCAUCUUGCAAGGAAAUGAGAGAAACAGACAUUUAGAAUUCAUUGGCUUUUGUACUUAGAUUUUGAAAGCAGGAGAAGAGAGAGAGGGUUGGUAGAGACUUUGUACAUGUACAUAAAAUGACAUAUCAGUACUGGUGUGCAUUAGGGAUUUAGUGAAGCAAUGAUGUUCAAUGAAGAAACAUUUGUUCGA